UUCUUCUGGGAAGUGGGCAGUUUAACUCCAUGAACAGUUUUUGACUCUUAAAAGAUAUUACUAUGUGUUCGGUUUUUUAAACAAAAGUACUCCAACUAACUCCAGCAGAUGAGGGACCCCAUCACUGAAACCCUUCCUUCCUGGACACAACCUUCUGUGUACACCUCCAUGUAGUGUAAUCACUAGAUCCACUUUUGUUCUCUGUCCUUGUUCAUGCCCAGGCUUCCUGAGACUUGGAAAUUACUGUCUCUCUGUAAGUCAUGAGAUAAGUCUAGGAUGGAAACCUAGAUAGUGUCUGGAUGGGACUGGACUCUAGAACAUGCCAUCGGGUGCUUAGAGGGUUAGAACUAUCAACUCCCAGUCCCUCUGGGGAGGGGAGAGGAUACUGAUACUGAGUGCAGUCACCAAUGGCCAAUGAUUCUGUUAGCUUGUCUACCUCCAACCCUCCAUUAAAACCCUGAAUACUGGGUUCAGAGAGUCUCAGGGGAAGCGAACAUUUCAAGAGAUUGCAAGAGGGAAAAGUCCUGAGAGGGCUUGGAGGUUCAGCACCCCAGAGUCCCCAUUUGCCCUACACAUCUACAUUUCUUUAUGCUUUAUUAUAACUGGGGACAGUAAGUAAAGGGCUUUCCUGAGUUCUCUGAGUAAUUCGAAUAAGUUAUUGAAUGUGGGAAGUGGGUCAUAUCACCUCUGAGUUUAUAGCUCACUGGUCAAUUGUGUAAACGACCACAGAAAUGGAGCCCUCACCCUGUGUGGUCUGGGUCGCCUCUAGGGGUUCAGUGUCAGAAGUGACUUGACUCCUGGAAUUUCAGUGGGUAUUGUGGAACUGGUUGCUGUUUGCAGAGACCCUGCAUAUUUCGAGUCUGGGAAAAAAACCCAAACUCACUCUUCUCUCCCAUUUGUGUCUGGUGUGAGGGUCAGGGGCUCUGGGACUAUCUUAUGUGGGGCAGAACACUCAGAACCCCUUUCUAGUUCUAUGCAUUAUCAGAAUUCCUGGCAGAAUCAGGUACUCGAUUAAGUGGAUUGUGACAGAACAGUGUCUUGUCCUGAUCCUGCCACUCACAUGCUGUGUGUUGUGUGGCAAGUCAUCUAUCAUUACCUCAUCUGAACAGGGAGACCAGGUUACGUGAGUUUUUUUGAAAGGAUUACUGGUCAUGAGUGUAAAAGUUUGCAAAUUCAUGGACAAUGAUGUCCAUUUUCCACCAAAAUGUUUUAGUCUCAAACACUUGUCUAUCUACAUUUCCUCACCACCCAUUCAAAAGGAAUUUAUGUGUCAAAUAAUGAUCAUUUCUCUGUUAUGUAAUUAAUCAAAACUUUGAGAGACAGCUGAACUUCAUCCCUCCAGAGGCGACUGCAGUAAGAGCAAGAAAUGCAGUACUUCCUAGUUUGCUCAAGGUGCAAAGACUGUUCUUUCCAGGACCCCUGAAACACUUGGAAUUUUCUGUAUAUUCAAAAUCAUGAGAUGAGUGAAGGAUGGGACCUGAGAUAGUGUCUGGAUGGGACUGGACUCCAGAACACAUCAUCAGACCAAACAGUGAUGACCAUCCUCUAUUGGACCAAGAUCCUCUCACCUUUACAGCCCUGUGGCCUGACUUCUGCCUGCAGUCUCCACACACAGAUCCCUGCAAGGAGCCUUCCUGCAAGGCCACAAAGAUGAGCCAGCUCCGCCUCUCCACAGCCCUACUCUUCCUCCUGGUUAUCCUGGUGGACAGCACCCCGGUGUAUGAACACCAUACCCAGGACCAAGGUCUGGAGACAAGCCAUAGAAGGAGACUUGAGAAGCGUUCACUAAUAGAUUUGGUUUCAAUUUUCAUCGAUGCUGUGGCUGCAGUUGCCGAGCUUUUUAAAGGAAUGGGAUUCGAUGAAAUAAAAGGAUUGGCUCAAACAAUGAGUAAAGGUCAGAUGAUGAUUUCUGGAAGGCAACUGGAGAACCAUACAGUAGACGUGUCCCCAACACAAAUGCUCAAAGAAGAGAAUAAAGCAGAUUCUAAGCCUGCCUUCUGCCUGGAGCCUAAAUUAACAGGUCACAGCAAGGCCUCGAGGCCCAGGUACUUCUACAAUGCUGAGACCGGUCACUGUGAGCCGUUUACAUAUGGCGGCCUCGGAGGGAACAAAAACAACUUUGUAACAGAAGAGGAGUGCAUGAAGACCUGCGGUCAAGAGGCAGGGUCCCUGUGAGAACAUGCAAAAAGUGGUCCCCAGGAAUCCUGAAGUCUGAGGAGGACCCCUGCAGGACUGGGCUUUGGCUGCUUCUGAAACUGUUCAGUCUCCUCGCAGUUCUCUCCUUUACCCUCAUCAGCCAGACCUGUCCAUUUCGUUUCCUCCAUGGGUCUACAUGUCUUCAUUCUGUCUCAUCCAGUUGGCUGUCAGCACCAUGAGAACAUGUCUUCCCUUUAUCCCUAGCACUUAGCACAGUUCCUGGCUAAGGAGACAGUUCAUAAUUAUUUGAGGAAGGAAGGAAGGGAUGCAGAAACACGUCCCGCAUGACCAGAGUAACUACAGAGCCAGCGGUUUUAUGACAGGAUUUUUGUUUUAACCCCCCCUCCUCACAGCAUCCUCACCUUCAACCCCCUCCCCACCAUCACUGCCCUCCUUGUACGUGGCCAACGUGGAAUUUCCAGCCUCCAAUUUUCAGCAUCAAUCAUGAAAGAAGAGUUUGGGAUAAAGAAUCUCCUUGACCCCACAAUGCUGCUGCAUUUUCUUUUCUGUGGCUUCACCCACUGUGGCUUAUAUUUCAAUAAAUGCAUAUUGAAA